UUCUCCCUGAGCUUCCUUUAAACGGUCCAAAUGCUCCCUCGCUCUGCCCUCUCUAGAUUCAAUAGCCCUCAUUCGGUUUUGGAAUGUUCCGAGGUUCGGAUUCGGGGCGUCGGCAGUCUCGUUAGUUCCCACAAGCUCACCAUCUAGUCCCAUCUCCCAAGACCGGCCAAGGCUCCUUCCCGAGUCUCCUUCCCCAACAAGAAGCUGCACCUUCAGAGCGAACAUGCCUACCCUAUCCCUGACCCCGAAUCAGAAGAAGGAGCUCUGCGAGAUUGUUAAACGCAUGAUCGCUCCGGGCAAGGGAAUUAUGGUUUUAGAUGAGUCCCUCUGUACCAUGAACAAGAGGCUUGCUAGUCUGGGCGUGGAGAACUCCGAAGACAACAGGCGCCUCUACCGCCAGCUGUUUGUGACCGCUGAUGACGAAAUACGCAACUACAUCGGAGGGAUCAUACUUUCCCAUGAGACAUUCUAUCAAAAGUGUGAUGAUGGCCGGCCCUUCCCAGAGGUCAUCAAGGCCAAGGAUGCUGUCGUGGGCAUCAAGGUGGACAGGGGCGUGGUACCCCUGCCGGGGACCAAUAACGAAACCACCACCCAAGGGCUGGAUGGCCUGGCCGAGCGCUGCGCCCAGUACAAGAAAGAUGGAGCUGAUUUUGCCAAGUGGCGUUGUGUGCUGAGAAUCGGGGAGAACACGCCCUCUCCUCUUGCUAUCUGGGAAAACGCCAACGUGCUGGGCCGCUACGCCAGUGUUUGCCAGCAGAACGGUCUGGUGCCCCUGAUCGUGCCGGACAUCCUCUCUGAGGGAAACCAUGACCUGAACCAUUCUCAGUUUAUCGCGGAGAAGGUCCUGGCUGCUGUAUACAAGUCUCUGAACGACCACCACAUUUACCUCGAAGGGACUGUGCUUCAGCUCAACAUGGUAACGGCGGGCCACGAUUGCGCCCAGAAGUACCCCCCGGAUGAAUCCGCAGCAGCGACUAUCACAGCUCUGCGAAACACGGUGCCUCCCGCGGUGCCCGGCGUGGCCUUCAUGUCGGGGGGUCAGUCCGAGGAGGAUUCCACUCUGCUCCUCAACGCCAUCAACAAAUGCUGCCUGCCCAAGUCGUGGAUCCUGACCUUCUCUUACGGCCGACCUCUGCAGGCAUCUGCCGCCAAAGUCUGGGGAGGGCGGGAGUGCAGCGCCAAGAUGGCCCAACUGGAGUACAUCAAAAGGGCCAAAGCCGUGGGACAAGCCAGCGAAGGCAAGUACUGCGCACCCUCUCCGAGGGGAGCGUCCCAUGGCAGUGAGUCACUCUUCAUCUCCGUCUACAUCUCUAACAACCCCAAUAUUGCUCCUUAAAUCAGAGCCGUCCACGUUAGCGGACCCCAGUAAGGGAAGACUAUCCAACAUAUGUCCAUCACGAGCAGAGACUAGGAUCCAAAUCUUUGUGUUGACCUCUCCGAUCACUCUUUCUAACCUGCGCCUUGUCCCGUAGCUCUGCACGAACAGAGUGACUUCUUUGCAAUCCACCUUCACCACUAAAUAACUAUUUAACACCAACAAGAAAAAUAAAAAUAAAAGCAGAGCAGGCGAUAAAUU